AGAGGUUUUCUUUUCAGUCUUUAGAAAUUUUCCAAGGGUGUGCAUGUGGACAAACAUACAGAGACAUGGACAACAGACUGAUGUUUUUGGUGGUUUUUGUGAUUUCUUGUGCUGUACCUUGCAUGAAGACUGAAGGAUACCUUUCACCACCAACAAAAUUGACAUCCAACAUCACCCGCAAUGAGUGUGGAAUAAAUAAACUGUGUGUGGAGAAGCCAACUAAAUGUGAUCCUUCAGGCAGCUCUCAGUGCUUCUUCACCUCCACACGGUUUUUCACCAAUACCACAAGCUUGGCCUUUGAGCUCAGUCGCGACUUCACUGGUUACAUCGCUUUAGCAGCUGGACUAAACUCUAAUUUGUCUCAGGGGACCAAUGUUGUCUUUGUUUGUGGUAAUAAUAAUGGCACUUUCUUCUUCCGAACUGCAAUGCUUACAAACAACACACUGGUAAUAACAAAUUCGCCUAAUGUAAGCAAUAUCCAAGGUUCGAUACAACAGAGCUUGAUUCAGUGUGCCUUCAACAUCCCCAUUGAUUUUAACAACAGUAACACCAUUGGUGCCCUAGCCACUCUAGGCAUCAAAGCCAGUGCUUUCAGCUUCAGCAACCUUGCUAAUUCAACGAUUAACACAUUCAUUGAAAUCUUUCAUGGCUCAACUAAUGGGACUGUGCUGGGACAGCCGCAGAGUGUGUUUGGAUCCUCUUAUUUAGUGAAUCUAGCUAAUCCCAAUUCUACUGCCAUAAUCACUUCAUCUCCUCCAAAUACCACAGCUACCCCCACUACAACUGUUGUCACUGUUGCAAACGGUAGCAUCCCACUCACCAGCCUACUGAGUCAAGCUGCAAUUGCCCUGCUCAGUAUUUUCACUCUGCGCCUGCUCUGAUGAGACCUGAACUAGAUCUGGGACCGAAUGACAGAAACACCAUAACUCAGGAUUCCUUUCUUAUCUUUUCCAUACUACAACCCCUGAAGACUAAUCAAAUGUAGCAUGAUAUGUAUCUGUGAUGCACUCUCAGGAUGUAAUUGAAGUUUACAACUUUAGAAUUUUUUCCUUUAGUGGAAAUGAUCAGGAACAUUUAUAUUUUGCCCAGUGAUUUUAAGUUAUAUUGAAAUAUACAGAUUAAUUUAACAUAGAAAUAAUAGAUAUAAUAAAUCAAAUGAAUUGAAAACAAAUUAUGUAAUGUUGCAUAUUUAAACUAAGCACCAGACAAAAUUAUACUUCUAACAGAAGGCAUUUUUUUCCGAAUACAAUACGUUUAGCAAGUAAAGAGUGAGCGUACAGCUCUGUUGAGAUUUAUCACUUAAACUUUAUCAUUUAAGAUUAAUAUCUGAAUGCUGUGUUUCUUCAUAAAAACUUGUUGUCAAACUAAAAUGUACUUAAUAUUUUAUGAAUUACUAGCUAUAAGUUAUCAUAGUAUAACUGUGUCAAUUGUAAUUGCAUAAUAGUUGGAAAAGGAUGAGGAUGUCCUAAUUAAUUUGGUUUCAAAUAAGUAGAAGAAAUAAAUGUGAUUUGGAAGAGGAAGUAGACAGUGGAGACUUUGCAGUUUAGGGUUAGGACUAGGGACAGGAUUAGGGUUAGGGUUAGGGUUAGGUUAGAUUAGGUUAGGUUAGGUUAAGGUUUGGUUAGGGGUUGUAGUCAAAUGUUACUUUUAAUAAAACAAAGUAACGUUUUUAUACCAAAAAAGCUAUCUUGGGUAAGCCUUUAUAAGCUUCAGUGCACAUUUUUUGCCAACACUUUAUUUUCAAAUCUUCUGUCUACUACAAAAAAAAAACAUUUUUGUUUUCCAUCUUAUUCCCUGCAUGAAAAAGUAUGGUUGAUUUAAGAUGAUGAUAGUUAUUUCUUUAUGGCCUUUAAAAUGUAUGGCCAUGAACCCCCCUUUUAACUUCAUUAUGAGCCUUUUAUGAUGUACUUGCAAUCUUGUAUGUGGUUGUGUGCUAGGGCAACAGCUUGGGAUGUAAAUAAGCUGUAAAUUCUAACCUACUCAUUAUACUUAUAAUUCUACUAUACAUUAAACUCAUUAUAAUUA